UUUACCAAAUUCCCCACGCUGAUAGCCUUUCGCUCCACUCAACCUAACUUUGAUCUAAUCUCUUAGUUUCAAGCACCGUUUGUGUUUCUGUAGAUUCAAUGGCCCCAAAGGCGGAGAAGAAGGCGGCGGCGGAGAAGGCCCCAGCAGCCGAGAAAGCUCCGGCGGAGAAGAAGCCGAAGGCGGGGAAGAAGCUCCCGAAGGAAGGCGGAGCUGCGGCGGCGGGAGAGAAGAAGAAGAAGAGGACGAAGAAGUCGACGGAGACCUAUAAGAUCUACAUCUUCAAGGUGCUGAAGCAAGUGCAUCCGGACAUUGGAAUCUCUAGCAAGGCCAUGGGGAUCAUGAACAGUUUCAUCAACGAUAUUUUCGAGAAGCUUGCUCAGGAGGCUUCUCGUCUUGCCCGCUACAACAAGAAGCCCACCAUCACCUCCCGCGAGAUCCAGACCGCCGUGCGCUUGGUUCUUCCCGGAGAAUUGGCUAAACACGCCGUCUCUGAAGGCACCAAGGCGGUAACCAAGUUCACUAGAGAGAAGAAACCAGCUGAGAAGAAGCCGGCGGCAGAGAAGGCCCCAGCCGCCGAGAAGGCUCCGGCGGAGAAGAAGCCGAAGGCGGGGAAGAAGCUCCCGAAGGACGGCGGAGCCGCGGCGGGAGAGAAGAAGAAGAAGAGGGUGAAGAAGUCGACGGAGACCUACAAGAUUUACAUCUUCAAGGUGCUGAAGCAGGUGCAUCCCGACAUCGGAAUCUCUAGCAAGGCCAUGGGAAUCAUGAACAGUUUCAUCAACGAUAUUUUCGAGAAGCUUGCCCAGGAGUCUUCUCGUCUUGCCCGCUACAACAAGAAGCCCACCAUCACCUCCCGCGAGAUCCAGACCGCCGUCCGCUUGGUUCUUCCCGGAGAAUUGGCUAAGCACGCCGUCUCCGAAGGCACUAAGGCUGUCACCAAAUUCACUAGCUCGUAGAAUGUUAGAGAAUUUGCGUCUUUUAUUUUUGCUAUUCUAGGGUUUCAUUUACUGAUUUACCUGUUAUUGUUAGAUGUAAAGUGGCUUCGGUUAGCUCGGAUGGUCUGUUAUGCCAGUUGUAACGAACGUCUUAUCAAUGAAUGAAUGCUUUUAUUUUUG